AUGCGGUUGGAAGUGAUCUUGGUGAAUUUUCUGAUAUACUCUGUAGGAAAGGUAUCAAGUUUUGUUAAUUUGGCACAUACACCUGCUCAGUCACUACAGGGAACUGCGUCUUGGAAUGUUGUUCCUCAUGGCACCACCGACUGGACUGCUGAGAAAGCGGUAGAUGGUAAUACGAAUCAAACGUACCUUCCUACUUGUGCAAUUGCAGCCUACGCUAAUAAUUAUAGAUCAGUAUGGUGGAAAGUGUGGUUAAACAGAAAAUUCAAUAUAGCAUAUUUGGAUGUCUACCUGCGAGAUGGAACGACGGGUCGGGCAACUGGUUUUUCCAUAUAUAUCUACGAUGACGUAUCCUAUGAGCCUCCUACUGGAGACACAGGGAGACUUGUGCAUCACCACAAUCCUAUGUCAGGAUGUCCAGCGUCUCUCCAGAACGUCACCGUAAAUAAAAUAGCUCAAGGAGUAGCCUUCUUUAACGAAAGACCAGAUGGAUUUACCUCAGGUUGUUCAGAAACAGACUCAAUAAAGACCUCAAUUGAAAUAUGCGAAGUAAGAGUGAUGGGUUGUGAUCAAAUUAGAUAUCAUUUUGGAUGCAUUAAGCUAUGCAGCACUAAAUGUAAGGACAAACAUUGUGAUGCUUUUAACGGAUCAUGUAUUCAUGGUUGUUCUGAUCCUGGUGCUGUGUCCAUAGAUUGUAUAUUAUGUGAUGACGGGACUUAUGCUUUUAAUGAUCGAUGCGAACCAUGUGGCCACUGUCAGGUGGGCACGGUGUGUGACAAAGGAACGGGAAGAUGUCCAUCUGGGUGUAAAGAACACUGGAGCGGGGACCUUUGUAAAGAAUGUGCUGACGGUUACUAUGGCCAGAAUUGUAGUUCGAUAUGUGGUAAUUGUCUAGGAGGUCGUUGUGACAAGGAAAACGGAAGUUGUUUAUCUGGUUGCCAACAAAACUGGAAAGAGCCUUUAUGUCAAGAAUGUGUGGACGGUUAUUAUGACCAGACUUGUAGUACCCAGUGUGGAAAUUGUCGAGAGGGAUAUUGCGACAAGAAAAACGGAAGUUGUUCAUCAGGCUGCAAACUUAACUGGAAAGAGCCUUUAUGUCAAGAAUGUGUUGACGGUUACUAUGACCAGAAUUGCAGUAGUCAAUGUGGGAAGUGUCGAGAAGGAUUUUGUAAUAAAACAACUGGAUAUUGUUUGUCUGGUUGUAAACCUAACUGGAAAGAGCCAUUAUGUCAAGAAUGUGUUGAUGGAUAUUACGAUCAGAAUUGCAGUACCCCAUGUGGAAAUUGUCUAGAAGGAUUUUGUGACAAGAAAAAUGGAUCUUGUCCAUUUGGUUGCAAUGGAAACUGGAGUGAACCAUUAUGCCAAGAAUGUAUUGACGGAUUUUAUGACCAGAUUUGUAGUACUCAGUGUGGUGAAUGCCGAAGUAAAUUUUGUGACAAGAACAAUGGAAGCUGUUUAAAUGGUUGCAAAACAAACUGGAAGGAACCUUUAUGUCAAGAAUGUAGGGACGGAAUGUAUGACCAGAAUUGCAAUAGCAAGUGUGGACAUUGUCGAGAAGGAUUUUGUGAAAAGAAAAACGGAUCCUGUCUAACUGGCUGCAAACAGAACUGGAAAGAACCUCUCUGUCAAGAGUGUGUUGAUGGAAAUUAUCACGGGGACUGCAGCAGACAGUGUGGACACUGUCUUACAGGAGUUUGUGACAAGACUAGUGGAGCCUGUUUGAAUGGAUGUUCACCACACUGGCAGGAGCCUUUGUGUCAAGAGUGCACUAACGGAUCUUAUGGCGAAAACUGCAGUACACAGUGCCAAAAUUGUCUUGGAGAUUUUUGUGACAAGAAAAACGGAUCCUGUUUGACUGGUUGCAAAACAAACUGGCAUGGGCCCUUAUGUAAAGAUGCAAUACAACAGGAGGAGGAAAAUAAUACCGCCAUCAUCGGAGGGACUAUUCCAGCCGUUAUAAUUGCAGUUUUAGCUGGAGUUCUGUUAUUAAUAAUUUACAGACGGCACAAAAACAAUGGUGGUAAAGAGGGUCUCGUGGAAAAUGAUAAACAUCUAGGAUUCAGUGGCAAUAGCGGAAAAGACAAUGAAACAGAGUUUUUUGAUGGAGCCUGCAAUCCUGGGACGGACCAAACAGAUGACAAUGGAUAUUACAAUACAUUUGAAUUCAUUACGAAUAUUGAGAUAGGAGAUCUACGGAACGUUAUUAAGGAAAAGAGCACAGGAGAGAAUAACCAAUUUGUUCAAGAAUACAAGCGCCUUCCUCCUGCCAACUUAAACGCUUGUCAAAGUGCCAAGAAGACGGAAAACAUGACAAAGAACCGGUUCAAAACAACGUUUCCUUGUAAGACAAUAGUUACCUCUACAU